AUGAACGCCUGCACGAUGGCAUCGAAUUCGCUUUCUAUUUACUCCCAAAGUCUCCCAGCGUUUGCUGAGCAGGCGACGUGCGCCAACCCAUAUUGGUCCAUGAGUUCAGAUCUCCUACCGCAGAUGUCGUCCUCGGCUCGACCGCCCAACGAGGGAAACUCCCAAAGAAUUGUUGAAGAUGAAAUUCAGGCCCUCCUUGGACGUAUCGACAACAGCAUCUACGAAUGGCGUUCAGACGAUGGUACGAACACUACUGAAGAAGUCAUCAAUGUCCCAAAUGCGCCCGUUAUCCCCGCUGGAGAAAACACAGAGUUUGAUACGCUGCUCAGUGGGACACAACCAACAACUACCUGGUCAAAACAAAUGGGUUGUCUGGCUUUUUACCUACUGAGAGGGCAUGAUAGUUUGACGGCCAUCUCAAAUUGCUUACCCGAUAUCAUGUGGAUAAUUGACAUGAACAACAACGUGGAAGAAAACAAUAGCAGCGGUGAUACUUCCGGCGAGUCAUUCCAAUCCAAUGGUACCAGUGGUGGUGGCUCAUAUCAGCAAACGGGACGAAACGGAUGCAAUCCGCCAACUAGAAGCCGAGCUAUCAUCUUGAUAAAGGCCAUGCUCAUGCUCAUGCUCAUCAAUCAACGGUAG